AUGGCUUGCACUGCAAAUGAAUGGUUGAAAGUUGUACCAUGUACGGGAGUCAUCAGAGCAAAAUUUUCUAUUGACCUUAAAGAAGUGUUAGAAGGCCCUAAGAAUACCAGCGUUGUUGUCACUCGCUUCAUUGCGUGUGGCAACACUAUAGCACUGUCGUUUACGAGUCUCCAGUCGUGGUCGUGGCUGCAAACUUUGCCGUGGCCCAACCGUAUAUUCUGCGGUCAUGGUUAUGGCCACGGCCGUGAUGACUGGCUGUCUAGUGCUCUAGGUGCCUUAGAAGUUAGUGACUUUGGCCACAGAACACAGAAAAAGAUUAGAAGAGCCGUGUGGGCAGGGCAGUGUUCUUUGUUCUCAGGUCGGCCAACAGCUAGGGUGUCUUGGUGGAAAUCGCAUUCACUCCUCGCCAAUUCUGAAGCAAGAGCCACCGUAUCCUUCAGACUGCAGAGAUCCGAUUACGGCACGGAUAUCACUUGUCAGGCCGUCACAGACCCCUCAAUAACGCCGGUCUCUGUAAAUUUGUCUAUUGACGUUAACUUGCGACCGCUUUGGGUUCGAUUGCAAGGCGGCAAGCGCCCCCUGGUGGCGGGGCAGAGCACGGAGCUGGUGUGCCAAGCAGUCGGUGCCAGGCCCAAGCCAACUAUAUCCUGGUGGAGAGGAGGAACUAGGCUGAAGACCGUCAGGGAGACUACAUCAGCUGACGGCAACAUCACUAGCAGCAUACUGACCUUCGUGCCGAGCAUAGACGACGCUGGCAGGGUGCUCUCCUGCCGGGCGGUGCAGCCCUCCCUCCCCCACUCCACUCACGAGGACGGGUGGAAGAUGGAGAUCCAGCAUUUACCGGUAGUCAAGUUGGAACUUGGCGCUAACUUGGACGCCAGUAAGGUGGUGGAAGGUUCAGACGUGUACCUCGACUGCAGGGUGCGAGCGAACCCGUGGCAUACGCAUGUAUACUUCACGCACAAUGGAGCAGUCGUUAAGCCUGGCCCGGGGGUACUCCUGGCGAAUCAGAGCUUGGUGCUGCAGCACGUGUCGAGGAAAGCUGCUGGUGCAUACGUGUGCUCUGCCAGAAACGUUCUCGGGGAAGGGGCCAGUGAAAAUCUGAUGCUUGACGUCAAAUAUUCUCCUACGUGCCAAUCUACACAGCCUGUAGUGCUCAGGGCUGCCAGAGGGGAGUUGAUCGACAUUGAAUGUGACCUAGAUGCCAACCCCAAGGACUCGAUGGUGUACCACUGGUGGUUCAACAGCUCCGCUCACUCGAAGCACGAGCUCACGACAACUCCUGCGUCAACUUCGCAGAGCAAUCCUGGUACUUUCACUUACAUGGUGAACACAUCGUCGGACUACGGCUGGGUGCAAUGUUCGGGCACCAAUCCUGUCGGCCGUCAGACCAAACCCUGCCUCUUCCACAUAUUACCUGCUGACAAGCCGUCAUCGGUGAAAUCGUGUGAGAUCACAAACGUGACCUACGACGCACUCACGUUGAACUGCACGCCGGGCCACGACGGUGGGAUACGGCAGGCUUUCCUUCUCCAAGUAUUCGACAUGGCGACAGGUCUUCUACUACGCAACGUGAGCAGCGAACUGCCCGAGUUUGAAGUGUCAGGGUUGUCGGAGAGCGUGUCGCUCGCAGUCUCCGUCAGGGCUUUCAACAGGAAGGGAUCCAGCGAACCGCUUACCUUGACGUCUAGUUUAUUGAAGUAUCCGCAAAGACAUACGGCCCAAGUCCCAGUAAAAGUGGAACUGACAACAGUGCUCAUCAUCGUGCUGAUCACAGUAGGGGUGAUAGCAGCCAUGACAGCUGUCUCCGCCGCUGUGUUCUGCUGCCGGCAUUGUAGUAAGAGAAACAGUAAAAACGAAAAAGACAAAAGGCAUCAAGAUGAAACAUCCAACAUACCACUCACUGGAAGCAAAGAGACGGAAAGUGUUGAUAGCUUAGACAAAAACCCGGAUAUUAUCCCAUUAGACGGGAAAAUAAGCGACAGCUGCUCAAACAAAUCUUCAACGACAGACUACAGUUCGAUACGACCACUAAUAUCCAAAACUACAAACGACAAAUACGACAUCCCACCGAACUGCGACAGAUUUUAUGACCAUUCAAUAGACGGUUGCAACCAAUACAUACAAGUCAGGCCAAUAGAGUAUAGAGUGAGGCCGACAUACCAACCGGGGUUGGCGCCAAUGCCCAACCUUGGACCAAGUAUACAGAGCUUGGGGCCAAUGAGUAGUUUGGGCCACGUGCCCAAUAUUGGUCCAAAUGAAUGCCACAGACCGUACGACAAGGUUUACGAAGACUGGUUGAAGUAUAAGAACGCUUUGCCGCUCAACACCAGUGGAUUAUUACCAGCUGAACAACUAUUGCCUCCAGAGCUUUACGCGUCGCCGCCAGCUCUCUACAGUAACCCUAGAAAUCCCCUCAAUCUGGCACAAAUGCCAGACUUAGAUUCAAGGUACCUGGAAUCCAGGCUGGACUCCCGGAGUUGUUCCAACUCGCCCCCGGUGAGGUUCAACGCGGACAACAGCGCGGUGUACUUCAGCAAACCAGUGCUGGACAGAACGAACAACACGUUACCACACUUGAAGACUAGGUUAAAUGGUAACUCGUCGAAUCAGAGUGAAACAAAGACUAGUGCGACAAAAUCGACUGACACGAGUCUCGAACAUAACGUAAUGUCGACUCAAGACUGCGGUUGA